AUGAAUAUCCUUUUCAUUCCUUCUCCCUCUCUCCACCUCUCUCUCUCUCUCUCUCUCUCUCUCUCUCUGAAAAGCUUUCUUUCUCUUUUUCUCUCUCUGUCAACCUCUUUCUCUCUCUCUCUCUCUUGCAAGCUUUCUCUCUCUAUCAUCCUCUCUCUCUCUCUCUCUCUCUCUAACAAGCUUUUUCUCUCUGUCAACCACUUUCUUUAUCUCUCUCUCUCUCUCUCUCUCUCUCUCUCUCUCUCUCUGACAUGCUUUCUCUCUGUCAACUUCCUCGCUUUCACUCUGACUAGCUUUUUUCUCUCUCUCUCUCACUAUUUAUUUCUCUCUCUCUCCCUCACUCUUUCUUUCUCUCUCUCUCUCUCUCUCUCACUCUUUCUUUCUCUCUCUUUCCACAUCACUAUAUCUAUCUAUCUAUCUAUCUAUCUAUCUAUCUAUCUAUCUAUCUCUACACACUCAUACAUAUAUAAGAAAAUCGUUGAUUCUUUCGUUAUGGAGUUUGCAAAAAUAAGUGUGUCGCCCAAGAUGGUUGUUUUCAUGAGAAAAGCUAUCAUAGAAUAA